AUGGCCGAAAAGUCAAACGGCGUUAUGGUCAAUUUAAACAACAUGUCAAUACACGGCGACUCGGAUGUGGACUCGCCAAUGGGCUUCGCGCCAUUCCACCCUGAAGCAGACGAGCAACCGUAUGACAAGCAAUUAGUCAGUGUCGAUGUCGACACUCGUAAAUUCAUCGUAGUUGUAGCUAUCGACUUUGGAACUGCCUACAGUGGAUAUGCCUUCAGUUUCACUCGAGACCCAUCAUCUAUUCAUAUCAUGAGACGCUGGGAGGGCGGGGAUCCAGGAGUCGUGAACCAGAAGUCGCCCACUAUCCUCCUUCUGGACCCGAACGCAAAGUUUCACUCUUUCGGGUACGCAGCCCGAGACUACUUCCAUGACUUAGAGCCACAAGAAGCAAAGAAGUGGCUUUACUUCGACAAGUUCAAAAUGAUGCUCUAUGACGUCAGUGAAAUAAACAACGAGACCAUGAUUAAAGCUCUGAAUGGGCGCGAAAUUCCAGCGUUUAAAGUCUUCUCAUAUGCGCUGAAGUUUUUCAAAGAACACGUGAUCGAAGAGUUAAAUGAUCAAUCCUCGACCGCGAAGAUAACCCUGCAAGAUGUUAAAUGGGUCCUUACAGUGCCGGCAAUCUGGAAAGAGUCUUCGAAGCAGUUUAUGCGGAAGGCAGCAUACGAAGCGGGUAUGGCUGACUCUUCAAGCGAGGACAGACUAUUGAUCGCACUCGAACCAGAAGCAGCCUCUAUAUACUGCCGUAGACUUAGAAAAGUUGAACUUGCUGCGAACUCGAAACAUAACAGACUCGCGCCAGACCCUUUUAGCGACGUUAUUGCUGAUAUUCCUGAAAGACUAAGACCUGCUGCUAGUUUGGACGACGGAUCUAGAUAUGUUGUCUUGGACUGCGGAGGCGGAACUGUAGACGUUACUGUUCAUGAGAUGGACGCUGAUACAGGAUGUCUGAAAGAACUUAUGAAGGCCUCUGGGGGUCCAUAUGGUUCCGUGGCUGUCGACUUGGCAUUUGAAAGUCUUUUGAAACAAAUAUUUACUGCAGAGUUCAUAGAACAAUACAAGCUGAAGCGACCUGCUGGUUGGGUCGAUCUUCUGACUGCGUUUGAGUCCCGCAAGCGAAGCGCGUCCCCGAACAAAGAAAUGAAUAUAAACGUAUCAAUACCGUUCUCUUUCUUCGACUAUUACAAAAGAGUCAAAAGUCAUACGGUCGAAAGUGCGAUUAAAAAGUUUGACUCCAAAGAUAUCAAAUGGUCGCAUGAAGGAAUGCUGCGAAUAACUCCAGCUGGCAUCAGAGCACUUUUCGAGCCUACAAUCACCGAAAUUCAGAAAAUCAUUGACAAUGUGCUGUCCACUGUGGGAAACCUUCAUUUCAUUUUUCUAGUUGGAGGCUUUGCAGAGUCUCCUGUUUUACAGCAGGCAGUUCGAAACUCCAACGAGCCCAACGGGAUUCAAGUUAUAAUCCCCGAAUCCACAAGUCUGUGUGUUUUGAAGGGAGCCGUGUAUUUUGGUUUGGAUCCCAACAUAAUCAAGAUCAGAAGGCCCAAGUUGACGUAUGGGGUGGGGGUGUUGAACAAAUUUGUAGCCUCGAAACACGACCGGAAAAAAUUGGUUGUCGGUAAAGACGGAACAGAAUGGGUCACAGAUAUUUUUGACCCCUUUGUCAAGACAGGUCAGGCGAUUUCUCAAGGUCAAAUCGUGACCCGAAGUUACACACCGGCUAAGUCAAAUCAAAAGGUGAUGGAGAUCAACGUGUACGCGUCCGAUAAUGAGUCAGUGACCUAUAUCACAGACAAGGGUGUGCGACGAUGUGCAACUAUGAAAGUUGAUUUGACGGGUCUUUCUCCAAUUAAGGCUUCAAGCACAGGGUCGAGAAGGAGACGGGAGUUGCAGCUGACCAUGCAGUUUGGAAACACAGAGGUGAAAGUCAUGGCUUAUGACGUUACAACUGGCAAGUUGAUCAAAGCGGAUAUUGACUUCCUUUCAUGA